AUGCCAUCCUCGUCCGAGAAGGUGUCUCAAGAAGAGGCCCUGCGGGCUGCAGAGUUUGAUCUGCUGAGGCAGUUGCAGAAGGCGGUGCGCACAGUGAUCCUGACGGCAACAGUAAGCAACAGCUGCGUCAACUGCUCGCACAGCCUCUGCCUGCAGCUCUUCAGGCUGAUCCGUAGUUGUCUCCUGGCGGGCUGCCGACGCUUUCGCGGGGCGAACCCAGUGGUCGACGACUUCCUGUUCCUGCUGAUCGUGCCGGAGUUUACAGGCACUUUCAACAACGACCUGGAGUUUGUGGCGCACCUCUGUGUGAGCCAUUCCGUUGCCAGCUUUGCACGGCAGCUCUUCGAAGAUGAGCGGCGGGUGAGCCACUUUUACUGCGAUUGUGCCAUCAUGCGGGACGAGGAGUUGCAUUUGGCCUUCGUCUCGUCCCUCAUGGCGUUAGAGCCUGUUAACUUUCAUCCAGACUCGCCGUGCUUGGCCCAGCAAUGCCUUCGGGCCUCGCUGGACAAUCUUCGACUGCAGCCGGUUCUGUGGCUCCAGCAGGGCAGCGGCAAGCUCGAGGACCAUGUGCCAGCGGCUCGCCCAGACAAGGUGCUGCCAAAGACGGACAUGGGUGCCCUCAGAAGCAAGGGCUCCCUGUCGAGUGUAUUGGCAGGCUUCUUGGCAGGUAGCAAGCGACGUCCAGCGAACAAGACGCUUGAAGCAGGUGCGCAGCGGUCGAGCGAGAAGGAUGCCACAAGCACGGGGGACAGCUUUGCAGCCGAGAAUGCCAAGAAUGCCCUCACUCCGGCAGCAGAAAAGAAGGCAGCUGAUGGUGCCGACGGGUCAGACAUUGUGCCCGACACCACGGUUGAGAAGUUGGAGGAGGCUGCCCUGGCUCUGAAUGAGACCGAGGAGCUUGUCCGACAGCUGGAGUUUGAGGCACAAGGGAGCCGCGGCCGGCCUGACGUGGACCUGGAGGAGGCCCCUGCAAAGGCCUUGCUGUCAGAAGCCUUGACCACAUGCUCCAAUGUAUUGGACCUGGAGGACAUGGCAACGGAGUGCCCCGUAGAUGACGAGGGCGGCUUCGAGGCCCUUACCAUGGAAGGCGCCGCUCAGUCCUCCAUCCUGCCUGUGGAACUGCUCUCCUCAAGGCCAUGGUUUGUGGGACACUUGGCCAUUGGUGCCAUUAGUGCCCUCCCGAUCCUCCUGAUGUUAAUCUGUUCAGUUGCAAUCAGCAUCUGCCAGGAGGGUUCCGAUGCCUUGGCCUUCGGCUCGGCCGCAGACCUCGGCGCCGAGCUUGCGGUGCCCUGCCAAGAGAACGUCCAGACAUGUGGAAGGCUUCUUGAGAUCUUUGAUGACACGCGAUGA